CUUUAUGAAUAAAGUUAGCUAGGCCUAAGAAUAUGGAAACUUCGCAAUGCAGCAUCACUUCUUAAAUUCAAGUUGAUAAAGUGGAUUUUGAAAAUGUGUAUGAAGGUUUUCAAUUUUUGCAGUCUUCGCUACAUGGACAACUUGUUGUUCGGCAAUCGGCAUAAUGAGUUUCUCUAUGCUUCCAACUUUAGGAUGUGUACUAAUUGUCACUAUUUGCAGGAUUAGGAAGUUGAAAAUUUUCAAGGCAACGUUUUAGUAUGAUAGUAAUAAAAAAAGGAGCAAAAUAUAAUUCCGUGCACAUGCUUGAUUUAAUUAUUUUCUAUGAAAAUUUCAUACUUCAUGGAGUUCAUUAAUUUAUUUAUUAAGCUUAUAUCAUAAAUAUGAUCUGAUCAGGUUUCAUUUUUCAAACAACAGAGCCGGUUUUUGCCAUGCCAAUUUUCUUGAAGAAAAUUAGCCCCACUUUGUUUAGCAAGCAAAAUAUCUCCUGGGGAACAAACUAUUGUGUCUUUUCAGAUCCUUCAUUUCUCGCUCUUUCAUCAGUCAUCUACCCUUCGUCAGCCUUCGGUUUAUGUUUGGCAUUUGUCUUGAUGAACAAGAUGGGGCGAAGACCAUUGUUAUUCUUGGGAUCUUUCAUGGAGCUAAUUGGAAUAUCACUAGCAAUAUGGUUCCCGAGUACUUCUAUCAACAUAUUCGGAUUGAGUUUGAUUGGAAUUGGAGUGGGAUUUCAUUGCCUGGUCAUCCCCAUUCUUUGUUCAGAAUUGGCUUCGAAAGAGUUAAGAAGACAUUUUGGAACAUUAUUUGGAUAUCAAGUGUUAGGAAGUGCACUUGCAUCACUGGUCAACCGUGGAGCUUCAUUUCAAGAUGAAUGGGGAUGGAGGGUACCUUUUGCAGUCUUGGGUGUGUUGGUAUUCCUACUGAUUUUGGUCUCGGGAUGGAUUGACGAAAGUCCAAGGUACUAUAUUGAGAUCAAUGAGGAAAUGAAAGGUAUGGAGAUAUUAGUCAAAAUGAGACCUGAUCGAUUAGUUGCCGAUAUAAGAAUGGAGUGGGAAAGUCUUUUGAGUGACGUACGAGAAAGCCAAAAAAUGAGUCAAGCAAGAGCAUUGUUUAGCAAUUCGGCCCUCCCAACCUUAACCAUAAUGCUCACAUCAGUACUAUUGCCGCAAUUAGUAACGACAGCUCCAAUGUUGUUUUUUGGCCCACUUGUAGCGGGCUCAUUGUUCACGGCUAAAAAUCAACAAUAUUAUGUAGUCGCGGUAGCUAGAUUACUAGAAGUUUUGUUCACCUUCAUCUUUUCUUGGUUACUACCGAAAUAUAAGAGGCGAAGACCGUAUAUAAUCUCAUUUAUAUUAGUUGCGGCAUCACAGCUCAUUUUAGGUAUUGUGUUUGUUUCAUACACUUCAUCUAUGGAAGAUAUAAAGAAGGUUCCUGCCUACGUUGCUGCAGCUAUGAUUGUGAUUGGUGAUCUUGGAGUUACCGUUUUGAUGAGUCCACAUGGGUGGGUUAACUCCUCACUUGGAAGAGGUGGCACAUUAGGCGGAGUUAUGAUAAAUUGUUUUGGUUUCAUAGUAACAAUUUCAAAAAAUAUUUACUCAAUCGUACUUCUUUGCAAAAUCGGUGGCUGGACCUUUUUUGUGGAUUUUGGAGUUGCGGUUGUUUCUCUUCAUAUUUUUGCUUAUUUUGUGCCGGAAACUACAACGGUUACAAGUGAGCCUGUUUCGAGCGUGUGGAGCCAGCAUUGGUUUUGGAAAUCUUUUAUUUUUUUUUAACUGUAAGGAGAUAGCCAGCAAUCAAUUCAAAGAUCAUAGUGUAACAAUUAUUACUAUUAUUCUUAACAUUCAUUACAAUU